CAGUAAUUUCUCCCAUAACGAGGCCCGAACUCGAACUCCGCCCAACAAAAUAUCUUCUUCCUUUCCCCUCUCUCGAACCUUCUCCGGCGUCGGACUUUCCUCACCUUCCCCAGAUAUUUUUCUCUCUCCACAGCAAAUUCUCUCUUAUUAACUAAAUAACCCUAUUUUGUUACAAAACUUCCUAAACAGAGCCAAAAUUCUCUCUGCAUCUCUAAAUGCUCUGUACCUGAAAGCGUUUGUGGAGGAACAAUUUAUCGACGCGAUAGCUAGGUUGAAGCUCUUUACAUUCGGGUUUACCGGGUUCGGGUCAUGGAUCGGGAUGCCGGACCCUGCUGCUACUAUUCCGUCCUUGGGAUCCGCAAGGACGCCUCCUUCUCCGACAUUCGAUCGGCUUACCGCAAGCUCGCCUUGAAAUGGCAUCCGGACAGGUGGGCAAAGAACCCGUCGGCCGCCGGCGAAGCCAAUCGCCGGUUCCAGAAAAUUCACGAGGCCUACGCUGUGUUGUCUGAUAAGGGGAAGAGAUCAAUGUACGAUGCCGGAUUCCUUGAUCUCCUUGAAGAAGACGAGGGAAUGGGAGAUUUCCUUCAUGACCUAAUGAAUAUGAUGGAGCAAAACGCUGGGGCAGAGGAAGAGAGCCUAGAGGACCUGCAAAAAACAUUCGUGGAUUUGUUCGGUGAGGAUAUGGCUAAUAUGGUGGAGAGUGACGAUCCAACAAUCACAAAGAGGGCCCGUGACAGUGGGGCCAAUGCUCGGGCAACACCAAAAAAGCGCAGCUUUCGCAUUUGAUGUACUAUUGCUUUCCUCACUUGUAGUUGUACCAUUCAAAAUUUAGGAAUUAGUUCGAGAAGUGUAAGAUUUGGAAAUUUCUGAUUGUGGCUUCACGAACACCACACGGUUGCUAAAGCAAUGGAAAAUAGACUAUUUGUGGUGUUUACGUGAUGUCUUGAUGACCUUGAUUAAUCAGUUUGCUUUGGUGAAGAACUUGCUUCUUCGUUGGAAAAAUGUGUGUUGUACUAUUUGAAUAUAUCUUAUUUGCAGUUUAAUCCCUUGGCCUUGGUUAAAUUUGAUUCUCAUUUUUGGUGAACUAAUGAGUGC